AUGAUUGAUUCUAAAAUUGACAGCCCUUACUACGAAAUUGAAAUAAAGGAAAAAUUAGCAACGUUCCAGGGUGCCCUUAAAUCGACGAUCUUUAUCGGACAAUGUUUUGGAUUGAACCCUGUUAUAGGUGCUGGUGAUAUUGACACAGCUAAGUUAAGGUUCAAACUGUUCUCAGCUCGCUGUUUUUACAGCAUAAUAUCGAUUAUAGGACAAAGCAUAAUCUGUUCUCUAUGCAUUUUGAAUGUGAUUGCUUGGUCGGAUACGUCAUUACCCUCCCUGAUACCCUUGGUAUUCAACAGUUCGAAUUGCAUAACGACAAUUUUAUUUUUUCGCUUGGCAAUCAAAUGGCCCAAAUUGUGUCAGUACAUUGCCAGGAUUGAAGCGGUAAAUCCGAAUAUAGAUGGUGCAUUCAUAUCAAAAUGUAAUUUGUCGUGUGUUAUUGUUUUGACUUUGGCUUUAGUUGAACAUAUAUUAUCAGACCUCUCAAAGAUAAUAUUUGUCGUCGACUGCCAUCCAAACACGAAUAAAUAUGGGGCUUUCAUAAUGAACAGUUUUCCGUGGAUUUUCACAUUUAUGGAGUACAACAACUUCUUAGGAAUAUAUUCUCAGGUUAUAAACAUACAAUGCACUUUUAAUUGGAAUUUCUCUAACUUGUUCGUUAUUUGUGUAAGUAUUUAUUUGAGCUCGAGGUUUGAUCAAGUGAAUAAGAAGAUAUUGGCCGUCAAAGGGAAGGUUGUACCAUCGAGUUUCUGGCGUAAUGUAAGAGAAGAAUACAAUCGGACUAUAAAUAUGGUCAGACGCGUAAACGACGUCAUUGGAGGCAUUAUAUUUAUUUCGUAUACGAAUAAUUUGUUUUUUAUAUGCGUCCAGUUGUUUUAUACGCUAUCGCCAUUGAAAGGUUAUGAGCAAGCAGUGUACUUCAUGUACUCCUUCAGUUUCCUAGUGGUUCGAUCGCUUGUGGUUUCCUUGGCGGCUUCCCGCGUUUUUUCAGCGAGUAAAGAACCGGCAUACGCUUUGUAUGAAAUACCACCAUCUAUGUACUGUGUUGAGGUGCGAAGGUUUCUAGAACAAAUUCAUAGAGAUUCAGUAGCGAUGAGUGGACUUCAGUUCUUCCAGAUCAAACGGGGACUAGUACUUACUAUCGCUGGCACGAUAGUCACAUAUGAGCUGGUGCUACUACAGUUUGGCGCCAAUCCAAAUUCAAAAUAA